ACUGCGCCAUCUAGCUUUAUAAGUACACAGUUGAUGUUGUAGGCUACUCUUUUUUACGUAUAUAAAAGUUUGGAUAAUCUGCUUGGAUACGACUUAUAUGUUUGAUACAUAAAUAAGACUAAUAAUGAUUGGUAAUGAUAUGAAAUUGAAAAGAUUAGAACGAAUAGAUAUUUGUAUUUGUUAUUUUUCAGUUACAUGAUGCUGUCAGAAAUUAUUAUUUGCAAUUGUAUUUUAUAUAUAUAUUCUGUGACAUACAACCAGAUGGAUUGACAUUAACAUUGACUAAAAGCUAAAUAACAAUUUUGUUGUUACCAUGUCAUUCUAUCCAUUACAACGUAAAUCAACAUUUCUAAUUGGAUUUGGAAUUGGCUUUUUUCUAGCCUCUUUAUUUUACUUCAUAGGAAGUUAUGUUAAUGAAAGUGCUAUAUAUAAUGAGAAAAAGUGGCAAUAUCAACAUUAUUCUGAUGAUUUAUCUAUAGUAUGGAUGACGCCUAUAAAUUUGCUCUCUCGAGGAAUUAAAUUUCGUAAUUGGGCCAAAAGUAAUUGGACAAAGGGAUUAGAAAAUGUAUCAUACAAUAAGUGGUUUGCAACAUAUAAUUUGCAAAGAAAUGCAAUUGAUAUGGAUCGUUAUUUAUAUGAACCAAAAUCAGAUAAUAUAUCGCAAAAACUUGUAACAUUGGAAUCGGAUUGGUUAAAAUCUAAAAUAUUUAUUACAUGUAUUGUUUUUGUGGAAAAAGUAAAAUUAGCAAAAUCGAUAAAAGAUACUUGGGGUAGUCAUUGCAAUCGAAUAUAUUUUUUUGGACAACGUAUACAAGAUUCCAAAAUACCAAUUAUAAAUUUUACUAUAAAAUUUCAAUCUUCUUGGCAUUUUUUAUGUGAAAUUAUGAAUUAUAUAUGGAAAGAUGAUGAGGUCAAGGAAUGGAUACUUUUUGUAAAAGAUGAUAUGAUGGUAAUCUUGGAGAACUUACGUUAUAUAGUUGCUCCGUUAAACUAUGAAGAAAAUUAUUAUUUGGGCCAUGCCGUUGUAAUGUGGGGUCAACCGUACAAUGUUGCUCAAGCAGGUUAUGUACUAAGCAAAGGGUCACUUAAAAAAAUGAUAGAAAUGUUUAAUACGUCACAAAAAUGUGCUGCUGGUGGAAAAUAUUGGAAAAAAGAGGAUUAUUAUCUUGGAAAACAUCUAUCAUCUAUGGGUAUUCUUCCUAUGGAUACAAGGGAUGAAUAUUUAAGGGGAACUUUUCAUGGUUAUGCUUUAAAUAAUUUAUUGUGGGGAAUUGCAAAACCUGGUAGUUAUUGGACGCAUGCUUUAUAUCCUCCACAAAAAGAAUGUUGCUCUUCUAUGUCUGUGACAUUCAGUGCUACUGAAGCUGAUAAAAUGUUCACCUUUAAUUAUUUGUUAUACAAUUUACAUGUCUUUACUAAGAAAGGAGUUUUUGGAAAUAAACGUGCUCCUACAUCAUUACCUGAAGAAGAUGUAUGGAAAAUUGCAUUAAAAGAAGAAUUUAAUAUCACUCACUUGAAUGAAAUUUCUAGUGAUGCAUAUUAUGAAAUAUGGCAUUCAAAAUAUUCUGAACCCGAGCAAUUGAUUUUAAAGAAUUAUCGUAAUACUUCAAAUAUAUUAACUUCUAUUUUAACAGCUUAUGAAUCUAGAAGUCAAGUAUCUGAUAAAUUAUCAUUAAAAUAAGGAAUAGAAAAAAGAUAGGUUUGUAUUUUGUUAUUUUCUAUAUGAAAAAAGAGAUUACAUAUAUUUUUUCUAACAACAUAUUAAAUACGCUUUUAUAAGAAUAAUAACUAUUAUUGUACUAAUUUAUAAAUUUAAGUGCUUUUCUAUAAUAUUGUUUUAAAAAAUAGGUUAAUAUGUUAUACAGUAUUAUUCAAUACAACGACAAUAAUAA